AAUUAUAUUAGUGGAGAUUAUCUUGAAGGAUGGCUUUCAACUACAUUUAUUUAUACAGCAAUGACGGAUUAUCCAACACCAUCCAAUUUUCUUGCUCCAAUGCCGGCUUAUCCAAUCAAACAGAUGUGUAAGGCAAUUGACAACCCUAAAUUAGGGAACAACACAUUUGCAAAGCUGUAUCAUACGGCCAACAUCUACUACAACUAUACUGGGGACGUUUCCUGUUUUGAUUUUCUUGAUGAUUCCGAUCCCCACGACCUUGGAGGAUGGCAAUGGCAGGCCUGUACAGAGAUGGUGAUGCCAACAUCUGGAAAUAACAAAGAAAGUAUAUUUCCGGCCUCAACAUAUAGCUUUGAGGGCCAUGCCCAAUACUGUGAAGAAGCUUAUACUGUCAAAUCAAGGCCCACUUGGAUUACUACAGAAUUUGGUGGACAUAAAAGGCAGACGAGAAAGAUGGAGGAUGAAAUGGAAAUAGAAGGAAUUAAUCCGGAGCAGCCGCAAAAGCAGAAGGGUCCACCGGCGGAUCCUCUCCUGAAUCACCCGUAUUUGGAGGUUCCUCCGGAGUCCGACGCUGCUCUCCGUUGCGACAAGCUUCGGAACAUGCACGUCGGUGCCCAUUUUGCGGUUUCUUGGAAAACCCUCCGGGAGCUCGCAGCUGAAGAUUGGGCGCGUGAGUUUGUUCCCCGUGAUUCACCGUGGGAUCGACUGUUUGAGCUAGCAUUUACGCCGAGCUACAGGGAGAUACUGAUCGAGUUUCUGUCGUCGUUCGAGUUUCAUCUUCGUCGGCCAGAUCAGGUUGUGGACCCUGCGCAGACCCCUCCCCUGCCCGAGGUUUCUUUUCGCAUGGCUGGCCAGACGCGUUCUAUGUCACUUGCAGAGUUUGCGGUGCAUAGCGGUUUGUAUACGGAGGCUGAGAUCGCUACGGAUCUAUAUACGACGGGGUUGGUAAUGGUUGAUAAACCCACACUUUUAGGGUUUUGGGCUCUGAUCGCGGACAUCGAUCACUGGGACAACCGACAAUCCAAGGGGAGGGUUACGACGAUUAAGGAUCCGCUCUUCAGGAAUACUCAUGCAGGUUGA